AUGGACUCCAACAUGUACAAUGGCGUUCGAGCAGAACCUAAAUUUUUGAGAGACCCGACUUCUUUAGAGUCUAUUUCAACCAGUAUCUCUCGAAUAUCGUCUUAUGUCACUUCAAAUCUUCCUAAGCGGAAGUCCAAUGCCAUACCAGUAACAUCUACUAAUAGUAUCUUAUCUAUACCCCAGCAUCAACAUCAAUAUAUACCAAAUGAUGAAGGAUUUCCUACUAUCAAUCAUCAAACUACCAGCAACCAUUCAAAAAUCACAUUUGCCUCCUUUGAAGAAGAGAGAUUGAAAUAUCGAGGAAAAACAAUUCCGUGCCUGGUUCUUGGUUAUGUGGAUGGCUUUCAGAUUUGGAAUAUUGCUGACCCGGAUAAUGUGCAUGAAAUAUGUUCAGUAAGAGAUCCGCAGCUAUUUCUUAAUGUCUCUGCGGUACAUAUCUUGAAACAUCGAUCCUACCCAUCAAAGAUGUUUGAAGAAGAUGAUGGUCAUACAAAGGCCUCUCGAAUCAUCAUUUAUGGGUUAAAAUCACAAUCCAUCAUCAGAGAAAUCACUGACCUGAACAACCACACCAGCACAGCUACGGGCAAUGAGGAGGACACUAGCAAAGAUGAUACAAUCAUAGUCACAUGUAUUCAAAGUAACCACAAGGUCAUUGCACUAGGAUGUUUAUCUAGGUACCGUUCAUUUAUUCAACUCUUUCAUACCAAAGAUUUUACACCGUUUGCGAGUCCAAUCACUGACGUAUAUCAUGACGUUCAGCAAGGGCCCACUUUCACAUUAGGCAGCCGACUUAUUGCUUAUGCAACCAAUGCUGCGGUUUUGAAUUCGGAUCCAGUAAUGUCAACUGCUACGUUGACUACGACUACGGCUAGAGGGGGAAUGGUGAAAGGAGCAGCCAAAGAUAUAGCAAAAGAGGUUGUGAGUGGAAUGAAGACGCUAAGUGAAUAUGGAUUAAAUACUUUGUCAAACUAUUUCAACAAUGGCGGUAAUGGCAGCACGUCUACAGGGAUGAAUUACGUAGAUUCUUUCAAUCACCCGGGAGCGACAGUAGCAAAUGCAGCAAAUGCCACAACAGCAGCUUCCAAAAAAUCUUUACCUUCUGGCAUGGUCAUGAUCCGUGAUAUAUCCAAACUACCAAAGCAGCCCACUCGAAACUUGUCUUUAUCUGUUAUUGCUCAUUUCAGGCCACAUACUCAUCCGGUAUCUUGCUUACGUUUCAAUCCAGCUGGCACGUUGCUCAUUUCCGCUUCCAAGCAAGGCCAUACAUUUCAUGUUUUUUCCAUAUUAACGCCUACUUACUUGACACCCACAGCAGGAAAUGUGACUCAUUUAUAUAGUUUAAACAGAGGCAUUACAGAUGCUCAAGUGGAAGACUGCCAAUUUUCUCUAGAUUCUACUUGGUGCGCUGUAAGUACAGCAAGAGGUACAACACAUGUAUAUGCUAUCAAUCCUUAUGGUGGCAAGCCAGAGAUCAUGGGUCAUAUCUACGGAAAAGUGAAUAAUCCCUUCCAUCCGCCCAUUCAACGUCGUUUGCAUCCGAGCAGUAGCUCGGGUAGUAACAGCCAUGGCAAAACCUUUCCAUCAAAAGUAAAGGCAGUAGGAUUGAGCUCUGCCGUUCGAAUCAAACAAAGAAGGAAAAUGCCGGCAGCAGUAGGCUAUAUACCUGGACAGCCUCCAUCGAUGAUGGCGAUGACAGCAGUGGCGCCGCCAGCGACGAGGAUGGAUCCGUAUCAUCAGAACAAAGAACAUAGAGCCAAACUUAUUUCUUUGUUUGUCACUGGGGCCAACACCCAUCAUGAUAAAUCACUCAAUAACAGUCUGUAUAAACCAGCCCUAUCCCUCUCUUCGAACUCAAACCACCCUCUCGUGGGGUCCAUCAAGCAACAAGCAUCCAAUAUGCUCUCCUCUAUCAAUUCUUACUAUUCCAACACGAACGGUAGCAGCACCAGUAAUAAAAAUGAACUCAUGUUUGGUUUUGAUGAAGAAUAUUACGACGAUCAUCCAAACUUUUAUAAAGAACAAGAGGAAGACUUGGGCUAUCAGGACGUGUAUACAUUCCAUCCUGUAGGCGUACUGACAUUACAUCGUUGCUGGGUCUCCAAGACGGUAAUGAAUAAGAGAGAACACGGCGGUUAUAAAAUGAAUUUAACGGUCAAAGAAGAAGAUAUAGCAGAGUGGAAUGUAGCAAGAGAUGUGAAUUGGGAUACACCUACAAAAACCGCUUUACCAUCGUCACCCAAAGCUAAAAAAAAGUCAAAGGCAGGUCGCAGAAGGAAAAGAAAGGACCUAUGGCUGUCGAACGCUGAAAUCACUACCUAUGCUUCUCAAGAUGAACAGCCUCCCCUAUGGGCACGUCAUCAGUUCAGCUUUCAACCUUUUCAAAAAACAAUGACAGAGGAAGAGUUGACAAGCAUUCUUGCUUCUGGGCUCAUCCCCCCUACAGAGACGAUGCAAUUGCGUAAAGACACUCCUGAACCGGUCUCUAGCCGUUUGGAUCGUAUUCGAAAAACCACUGUCGCCGCCAACAUAGUAGUCGAUGCGCGCCAUCAACAUCCGUCAGAUAACCAAGUGGACAGCGCCAGUGGCGAAAUGAUGGAGGAUGCCUUGGCCGAAUUGCAAGAUAAUUUAUCUAAAGCAAUGCAGACCACUUCUUUCUCUCCGUCACCUAGUAACCUGCUGGAUGCUCAAAAUAACCAUAACAAGCACUCCAACUCAUCGCUAUCGUUUGAAGAUGCCUAUUUAAUACAUAUGGGAAGUGGACCAAGCCCUGAACCAUUACCUUCAUCCACAGCCGCCCAACAGCAACGGAAGUACAGCAAUAGUAUGUCGUCUUUAUCUUCUUCGCUCGUCUACUCACCUAUCCAUGAUGAAGAUAACAUGAACGGACUCGGUCGUAACGAGGUGUUUUCUCCUGCUGGCGAUAACGAAAUUGAUAAUCCUUACGAAUCAAUGUAUGGUGAUUUCAGCAGACCACACGUUCCGCUGAAAGCAACCAUUAUAGUUGAAGAAGAAGAAGACGAAGAAGCAGAAGAAAGCGAAUUGAGCAGUCAGAGAGACAAUGAGUCCAUGGUAUCUUCUUGA